UAAACAUAGCUGAAACACGAUUAUCGGGAUAGAACUCAUGAAGUAUAUUUUAUCUAAUCUUUGACUACAUAUUUUACACCUCAUUGAGGUAUUUGUGUUCACUCCGCUUUGUUCGCAUACCGCAAAUUAGGAAGGUUCUCUGGCGGAAGUGUGAAAGGAAUGUUUCAUUUUCAUAGAGUCACAGGCAGUGGCAUACCACGGUGCAUCUUCACAUUGUGUCUGAAGAACGUAAGCAGUCUUUCUUUUCUUUCUUCGAAGAACAUUGGACGAGUCAUGGACGAUGUUAGCUUUGCGGUUUCUUUAUGUUGAAUGGAAGACGUAACUGCAGCUGCAAUCCAGUUUCUCUGUAUAAUAUAAAAGUGAUAAUUUUACUGCAGCCACGAGAAUAAGUGAAUUGUGGAGUAUUCCUUUUUAAACACUGCAAACAGCUUAUUCGUAGAAAACAAUCAUGUUUGAUGUAUUCGGCUCCGUGAAAGGGCUUCUAAAGCUCGAUUCUAUUUGUAUUGACAAUAACCUUUUCCGCUUGCAUUAUAAAGCCACGGUUAUCAUUCUAAUUGCAUUUUCUUUGCUGGUAACUUCACGCCAAUAUAUUGGCGACCCGAUAGACUGUAUUGUAGAUGAAAUUCCACUUCAUGUAAUGGACACCUAUUGCUGGAUUUAUUCAACAUUUACCAUUCCUAAUCGUUUGAAUGGAAAGGUAGGCAAGGAAGUAGCACACCCAGGAGUGAGCUCACACGUGAGUGGCCAAGAUGAAGUGAAAUAUCAUAAAUACUAUCAGUGGGUGUGCUUUGUGCUGUUCUUUCAAGCAAUUUUGUUCUAUAUCCCAAGAUACUUGUGGAAGACGUGGGAAGGUGGGCGUCUGAAGAUGCUUGCCUUCGAACUGCAUAGUCCAGUUGUAUCUGAACAGCAUAAAAACGAGCAAAAGAAGCUGUUGGUGGAAUAUUUUUCUACCACUUUGCAUACCCACAAUUUCUAUGCCUACCGGUAUUUUCUGUGUGAAGCCUUGAACUUUCUCAAUGUUCUUGGGCAGAUUUAUUUUAUGGACUUUUUUCUGGAUGGCGAAUUUACGACAUAUGGUGCAGAUGUUGUCAAGUUCACAGAGAUGGAGCCUGAACAUAGGACAGAUGCAAUGAGUAGAGUAUUUCCUAAGGUAACCAAAUGUACGUUCCACAAGUAUGGUCCUUCUGGAUCUGUCCAGACCUUUGAUGGGCUCUGUGUCUUGCCUUUAAAUAUUGUCAAUGAGAAAAUAUAUGUGUUUUUGUGGUUCUGGUUCAUAAUAUUGUCUGUUCUGUCUGGCAUUGGUGUUGCUUAUAGAUUUGCUGUUAUGUUUGGCUCUCGUAUGCGUAUGUAUCUUCUUCGUGCCCGUUCUCGCCUUGCCCUGCAAAGCCAAAUAGAAAUAAUAGCUAAGAAUUGUGAAAUUGGUGACUGGCUGCUUUUAUACCAACUUGGGAAAAAUAUAGAACCUCUUUGUUAUAAAGAAUUCAUUGCGGAACUUGCUGGAAAGUUGAGUACCAUGAAGCAACCUGCUUGAGACUAAAGCUCCAUUUUACACUUGUGCCUCGGCUUUUAUCAGAGCAAAAUUUUUUUUAAAGGUUUAGAAUCUGAAAGCGUGUUAAAUUUUUGAAUCUUGUUAAAUUAGGUUGAAAAUGCUGAGAUGUGAACAUACAAUUUUCUUUAGUACAUUACAAUACAGAAAACUUUGAAAGCUCAGCAUUAUGGCAAAUGUGCAAAAGAUCUGCUUAAGUUCUUAAUUUUGCUUUUGAGAACAAUUCAGUUCAAAUUUAUUGUUUUACAGUUUUAGAUGUCUCAAUCCAAAAUUCUUUUUCUAGUCACCGUGAAUAUUGCUGACUUAAAUGUGUGCACAGAUGGAAUGUGAAAGUGUAAAUCAUUUUAAGUGGUCGCUUGGUUAUAUGCAGUUGGAAUUUCCUACUUACCUGUUUUGUUUUAUUCUUGUGGGCCACUGGUGUGUAUGGUGAAGGAAAAUUAGUGCUGUGAUGAACUAAAGACUGUUGUAUGCAAUUUAUUAAUUUUUGCAUAGAUGUUGAAGUCAUUAUUGACACAAGGAUCUGAUGUCCUGGAAUAUUUUUUUUCUUUUAUUUUUAUGUUUUUUUCUGAGUCACUUUUCAUUUUUCCCUAAUGCAGGGAUAUCAUUAGAAUAUUAAUCAGACUUUUAGCGCUUAAUCUUGCUUCUAUUGUAUGUUCUUGCCAAAGUGUUAAGGGGCAUAUAAUUGCUAUUGGUCUACUAUUGUUUUAGUUUAAAUUUGUUAAAACUUUGAUUCCUUACAAUUACUUAUCAUUGCAUAAAGAACAUUAACACAUUCCUGCUUUUUAAGAAGUGGACUUACAUGUCAAUGUAAUUAUUUUGCUUAUAGCUUUUAUCCGUUUGGUGGUAUACAUGUAAUACAAGUAAUGAACUGUGCCGAAUAUGGUAAGACUGUUUUAGGUGAAUUGUUUUACAAGGCAGCUGUUGAUGCAUUUUACAAGGCAGCUGUGUAAUUCCAAAGUAGAUUCAGUGGACUGUGUAACAUUCUUAAGAAUAUAUUUUUGUAGAUCUUGCCACUGAUUUGGUUGUUGGUAUUUCAUUUUUGAAAAUGACUUUGUGUAUUUUUGCCAAGGUAAAAAUUUUGUUGAGUAACCAAUCAUGAAAGUUUUAUGUUGGUGAUGAAAUGUUUUUGAAGAUCUGCUCAUGUUUGUGUUCAUCUGUUCCUGAUUAAAGAUGUACAUGUAAUCAGUAUGUUUACAUCUUAAUGUCUUCCAAGCAAUAUCUUUACUUGUUAAUCCAUGUUUUACAUGUAGGAAGAAAAUUUUCUAUAAAUUUAUUGAGACAGUGUUUACUUUUUGUACUUUUAUAUAAUAAAUUGUGUAGAAAUAAAUUUAAUUGCUCAUUUAA